AUGGAUAUCAUCAUUGGGCAAAACAGCAAGGCUAUUGCUUUCUUGAGAAACCAGGAUUUCUCGAAGGCCAUCGAGGUCUUGUCAGCAGCGCUGAAGUGCCUCCGAUCACUCCAGUGUGCAGCUGAGAGUAAGGAGGAUCGUUGUGAUGAGAGGAGGUAUGCUCAUUCUGACUGCUUGGAUCAAUGCAUGCUGCUCUCGAAGGUCGAGGAUGAGUCGAGCUUUGAGGCGAGUCGCGUAGUGUUCAUCUACGGACAUGGCAUUUCGUUGCAGAGCGAAGUCAGUGAUGCUGACACUGUCACAGCCAUUCUUCUCUUCAACACUGCGCUUGCUCAUCAAAUGCUUGCAAUCGAAAAGCAGCAAUAUCAAGUGCUGCAAAAAGCAAGACGAUUGUAUGGGCUAGCCUACAAUUCAUAUGACAUGGAUCACAAUAUUUUGUUUCGGUUUGCUGUGAUCAAUAACAUGAUCGUGAUUGAUCAAAAACUAGGCAACACUGCGAAGCAAAACGAGUGCUUGGAGCACUUGAUGUCACUAUUCAUGGUUUUUGUGGAUCAAGGAUGCGACAUGCACUUGCGCCAUGUACAAGGCUUUCUAGUGAAUCUUCCAUGGACUAUCAAUACCGCACUUGCAGCAUGA